GUAGCAUUCGGGUAUCUCCGGAUGGCUUGCCCUGGACUAAAUCUAUUCAGCAAAGUCAAUCCUCACUGCGCCGCCCAACGUCAAGAUGCCCAAAGUUUACAAGCCCGGAAAAGUCGCCAUUGUCCUACAGGGCCGCCAGGCAGGCAAGAAGGUUGUUGUUAUCAAACAGCUCGAUGAGGGAACCAAGGAGCGACCAUACCCCCACGCCAUCGUUGCCGGCAUCGAGCGCUACCCGCGAAAAGUUACGCGGACUAUGGGUGCUAAGAAACUGCAACGGAGAAGCCGCGUUAAGCCUUUCAUUAAGGUGAUUAACUAUUCGCAUCUAUUCCCCACACGUUACGCUUUGGAGUUGGAGGGCUUGAAGAACUCUGUGGCUGCUGAACACUUCAAGGAGCCGUCACAACGGGAGGAUGCACGGAAGACCAUCAAAAAGUUGUUCGAGGAGCGUUACCAGACUGGAAAGAACAAGUGGUUCUUCCAGGCACUUCGUUUCUGAUCGCUCCUUUUUAUAUCUGUGGUGCUUGGGAGACGACUUAUCAAAACUACAUGUACACCACAUAUGUCCCUACAUGACGCAUGCUUUUUAUGCACCAUUGCAUGAUAUUUCUACUGCGGACGUGAUGGUAUGCCAGUGUGACUGCUGUAAUUUCAGGCGCGAGUCAUGCAAGUCGCUAAUCAUUUAAUCAUGGUCUCCCUGCCGAGCAGCUUUUGUAUUAUAGAUUCAUUUUGAGUUUUGUGAUCAGACCAUUGACUCGGAGUGCAGCAAUAUAACACCAGUGCAUCCAAGUCUCGAGCCUUUUACUAGUAUUCGUAGUGGAAUCAUACCAGUUCAUUUGAUGAUCGAGG